AGGUACAGAAGAAGAUGAAAAUGCGACUAAAAUUUGUAAUUAUUGAUAUUCAAAAUAAUUGUUAAUGUUUUAUAAAUUGAGUAUUAUUGUUACACAUUCACUAGUCCGUUAAAUACCGCUUUACUAUUCAAUCAAUCACGAGUAAUAUUUCCGCAAAGAGUGCAUUUUUCGAAGCUUUGCAGUUCAACUUUGGUUCUUAAAUGACCACUAUUUACGAUUUAUUUCUUCAAAUUAUGUAGUGACAUAUUCCUGUUAUUGGAGAAAAAUAUAUGGAAUGGACGGAAAAUUUGACAGACGAAUUAGACCACAACGCGAAAGAGAAAUAUACCGACCUGGUAGUGGACCAUUGAAACGGACAGAUCCGGCCGAAUCGAAUAGAUAUUACAAAUACGAUUAUUCGGGUAGACCGGAUAAUUCUAGAGACGCAAAAGACGACUACGAUGUAGAUAGAGUUCCCCACGAAAGCAGUUCCUUUAACCGAUACGAUUCGCAUAAUGAUAAAUCGCUCGAUAAAGACAGAAAAAAGACCAAAAAACCGGACGCUAGUAUUUACGUGCCAAAACAACGUACCUCUAGAAGCGAUAGCUCGAAUGUGAACGAAAGUCAUAAUUAUAAUUCCACUUCGCACGCUCCGUUAGAUAAUCAGAAACCGUCGUAUUCCAAUAGGGACGGAGCUAUGAAUCGUGAAAACGAAUUCGUCAAUAAUUCCGUUCAGUAUGAUAACAGCCAUCAUCAAAGUCGAGGCGGUUACGUCGAAAGUAAACAGUUUACACGUGGUUAUAAAAACAACGAUAAUCAAUCUAAUUGGAAAGAUUACCCGAAAGAGAACUCGGAGUACAAGAAAUUCGAUUCUAGAGAUAACUACGAUUCGCAAAAUCAAUCCGCUAAUAAAGGUGGUGGCGGCAGCAGUGGCAGUGGCAAUGGCGGCGGCUAUAAGAAUAAUUCGUCGUAUAACGAGGACAGAAAUACGUAUUAUAAUUCCGAAUUGAAAGGUUCUAAUAAUUAUCAUCGUUACGGUAACGAAUCUUCUUUCAACGAUAGAAACCCCAGAAACGAUCGAAAUGAUCGUAACGAUCGUAACGAUCGAGGUAAUGCUAACGAAAAGAACAGAAUGGGCCGUAGUCUACCUCGUCGUAACAGUUCGAAUUCUAUCUCAAUACCGGACGCAUUUAGCUCUUGGGCUCCCAGACUACAACGUCAAUUUUUAGAGAGUAGAGGAAUCAAACAAGAAGAUUUGGAUAAAUACAUGAAGAACCGACAACAGCAACAACAACAGUUCGGUAAUUCGAACCGGGACAAUCGAUAUUCUCAAACACUGCCGCCGAAAAAUAACAGGAAUGCUCAUUUCAAAUCGAAUAAUAAAGAGAAUCCUAGAAACUCGAGAUUUUUCCAAAAGCCGAAACCUUUCGAUGAAAGACCUGGUACUGAUCAGUCUGGUAGUUCUGAGGAGAAAAAACGAUCGAAUGUUAUCAGCUCUGAAACACCAGCGUCGACUGAAAAGUCUUGGAAUUCUAAUGAUUCGGUUCAAGAAACCAGUCCCGAUGCGAAGAUCGAGUCGAAUAAGAAGAAUAUCGUUGAAAAUGAACCGAACGAAGAGAGUCGUAAAGACGAAGUGCUAGAUAUUGUUGAAAAUAACGAUGAAGAUUUUAAUUGGGCCGAAGAAGUAGAACGGGAGCAAUUGUACUUUGAAAGGAACAUGUGCGAAGCUGACGAUUUUCAUAAAAACGACGAAAAUUCGCCGGAUAAAAAGAAAGACCGCAAGAAACGUAGAAGACGUGAGUUUCGGAAACGUCGAGGUUUCAGCUUCGAACGCAAACAAACCACUAACAGGAGUCGAAAUCCGAGUGAAAACGAGAAUCAGAAUCGUAAAAAAGAUAGCGACGACGAUCACAGGCCGGGUCGAUCGACCAAUAAUGAUAAUCGUACCGAUUCGAACGAUGGGUAUUUAUCGUGGAGAAGAAACAAGAAUCCUAGUCCUUCGAGAAAUCGAUUGGGUAUCAUGGGGCGCAAUAAUUAUCGGAACGAUAAUAAAUUCGACAACUACCGGAAUAAUUCUAACGACCAUGAAAAAAUUAGCAAUAAAAUCAAAAUAAAUAAUAAAAUAAACGAAUUACCCGCUAUUGUUAGAGAACAGACGAACGCCAACAGCGAUAACGUGGCCGGUAUAAUUAAAAUCCCUCAAAGUCACGCAGUUGGACCAGCGAGCUCCGAAGUGAAAUCAUCGCCGCCGAAAUACCCUUCUUCAGCACCGCCGGCGUCUUAUUCGGCAUUUCCAAACAAAUCUGUCAAACAAUUGUACAAUCCGACCAAUCCUAAACAACCGAUAAUCGUAUCGAAUCAGUCGAGUAGAGCUGCCGUUCAAUCAACUUCUCAACCAGUACCGUCUCAUUACCCACCUAACGCCGUUCUCAGCGAACAUCCCAAUCAAAUGUACAUUCCGCCGCCGUAUUGCGAUACAAACGUACCGCCAAAUGUUGUUAUCCCGCCUCCUGGUGCUUAUAUUUCUGCCGAUCCUCAUGCCAUGUCUAGGCCUGCUUGGUACGACGCGUAUUCCAAGAGUUUCCGGUCUCAUAAUAACGCUCAUUUGUUACUGGAUAUCAGCUUAGCGGAUACCGAGCUGCAGAGCUUACUGAUGUCUCCGGGUCUGCUUCUGAAUUGGGAGAAAAUCAGCGCUUUGAGGGAUUUCCUUCAAAAAGCUUUCCGCACGUUACUGGCGACUGAUUUGAAAUUCUGCGAAACGGAAAACGUCGAGCAGCAUAUGUGGAAAAUUUUAUUCCAUAAUGUGAUCGAAUUGCUCAGGAAACGUAUCGUAGAUGAUCCGAUGAAUGCGCCGGAAUACAGAAAUUUGCUUCUUUCUGUUAUUAAUCAAGGAACUGAUUAUUUUCAUAAUUUAAUGGCUUUAUUGGAAAGUGUUCACAAAGUUAAAAUCGACGACUUCCUCAACGUCGAAUGUCCGACUACCAAAGGAUUAGGAUUAAUAGGUUUAGUUUUAAUAUCUGCUCAAAAAAUUUACCUGUUUCUGGGCGAUUUGGCCAGAUACAAAGAGACCAGCGAAGAAUCUUCUAGCUUUACUAGCGCCAGACAAUGGUAUAUUAAAGCUAACCAACUGAAUCCCAGGAACGGAAAACCUUACCAUCAGUUAGCUCUUUUAGCUGUUUGUGUGAGAAAAAAAUUUGACGCUGUUUAUUACUACAUGAGGAGCUUAAUGGCGUCCAAUCCUUUUUUCACCGCUAGAGAUAGUUUGCUGGCAUUAUUCGACGAAAAUCGUAAAAAAUAUGAACAAGUUGAAAAAAUGCGACGCGAAUUGAAAGAAAAGAAGAAGCAAGAAAAGGCCAAGGAGAAAGAAAGCGUCAUAAACGGUAGCAUGUUAAGAAAGGAAAUAUGGAUUAGGCCAGAUGAUGGCAGAAGGAUUCAACGAACUACCUCUACCUCUCAGGAAUGUAAUGAAGAAAGCGACGAUGAAUUAUUCAAGAUAUCUGCAGCUGAGGUUAAUAAACGGUUUUUAAUGAGUUUCCUACACGUCCAUGGAAAAUUAUUUUGUAAAGUAGGAAUGGAAACUUUACAAGAAGCAGCUAUAGAAAUGUUGACCGAAUUCAAAGUAUUAUUGAGCCACUCGCCACUUCCUGUCACUACUCCUCGUUUAUUACAAUUACUAGCCUUAAAUAUGUUCGCAAUUGAUAACGGUCAAUUGAAAGAUCCUCAAUUAGAAUCUGGUUACCAUUCUGCAGUUCAAGAAUCUGCUUUAGUUAUUAGUUUACAAAUGUUUAGUAUUAUUAUAAACAGAUGUAUACAGCUGCUGAGAGAGCAACUGCAACAGAUGAAAGAACAUGCCGAUGCAAUGACGUGGAAAUAUCCGCUUAUGGUGCAUUCGGAUGUGUUGAUUUUAUUACCUGCUGUCAAAUUAUGGUGCGAUUGGCUGUUUUGUCACGGCGAUGUGUGGAAUCCGCCUCCAUCUUGCCAAGAUUACAGAAUAAGUGGAUGUGGGGAUUGCUGGAGCGCUCUAGCAACGUUUAUAAAUCUUCUGGAAGAAUUAGAUUAUCAAGAUAUUCUCGUGAAAGUUGGAUUUAAAGAACCUAUCUUGGUUACAUCCAGCGAUGAACAAGAUUACGCCGAUAUGGUGAAAAUACCUCUAGAAGAAGAUAUUACGCUUAGUGGAUUUACUCCUUUGAUGUAUAAUACACAACCUGCUUGCUACACCUAUAAACACAUAGAAAUGGAAUUGGCUCAAGUAUGUUUAAGAAUCCACCGAAUAUUAUUUUUCGGUACCGUCUUUCUAUGCGGUAUUGAUCCGCCGGUGUUAAAGUUACAUAAAACCGAGACGGGAUUGGACGAAUAUAUUUCCGUUGUUGAAGAAGUGAUAACGCCAAAAAAUCAGAGUGAUUGUGAAAAUAUCGAAGACCAUUGGAGCGACGCUGAAAGUGAUUAUAAGAAUGACGACGACGAUCCGGAGAGAAAUAAUUAUAAAGAUAACGCUGUGGAAGGCGAUCAAAAAGGGCUACUGUACCGUAAAAAGGAACUGGAACGUAUACACCAAAAACGAGAAAAAUAUAUCAGGGAUAAAAAAGAAACUAUUAAUAAGGAAUUGGCAGCGUUCAGCGUUGAAAUGGAAAUUAAACCGCAUUACCUCGUGCCGGACACCAAUUGUUUUAUCGACUGUUUAUCAGAAUUGGAGAAAAUAGUUAAAGCUGUUUCGGUUGCUCAAAGGCCUUUGUAUUCGUUAAUGAUUCCUGUCGUAGUUUUAAGCGAACUCGAAGGUAUUGCCAGAGGUGCUCGGAAAGAUGAAAUUGUUUCGGAUAAAGCAAGACAUGCUUUGAAAUUUUUACAAAAUCGAUCUUCCUAUACUAAUAUUAAAUGUGUUACAACUCGCGGUUCUGUUCUUCCUUCUACGAGAUUUACCAGCGAAGAAGACUACAGCAAGGUUGAAAAAAAUGACGAUAAAAUAUUGACCACUUGUAUGAACCUGUGUAAGAAUAGUGCUGCAGUUGAUAAUACUUCGGACCAACAAAAGAAAAUUUAUCGCGAAGUAGUGCUGCUUACGGAAGACAGAAAUUUACGAGUGAAAGCAUUAUCGAGUAAUAUGCCAGUGCAAACGGUUCUAGAUUUCAUUACGUGGGCUGAUCUUCAUUAAAUUUAUUCAUCGAGAUGAAAUAUCUUUCUGAUGAAAUGCCCGGUACAGAUACUAUUUAUUAUAGCUAAACGGUAUAUAACGAAAACGCAUUUUCUCUUCUUUUUUUUCCUCAAUUUUAAAGAAACUAUUAAGAUAUCUAAUCAUGGGAACUCGCUGCAUUUUUAGUGUUAUCAUUUGUGACAAAAUACUGUUAGGUUUUUUUCCUCUUAUGUAUAUAUCUAAUUUAUAGUGAUUAAUAAUUUAUAGAUGGCUUAUUUUAUUAUUGUUGUUGUCAUUUUAAAAUUUAGAUUUUCGUGUUUUUUUUUUCUUCUUUUUUAGUGGUUAAUAACAAACUAU